AUGACGUCUACGGCUCGCAAUCCUCCCAGAUUCAAGAAGAUGAUUCCAAUGCAGAGACCGGUCUUCCAAGAGCAGCUACAUGAGCGCCGAAGACACUUCGAGGAACUCCAGAGACUCCAGCCUAUCAAGUUUUCUGAACCGCGUCAAGCAUAUCCCGGCGUGUCUUUGGUAAGCCUGGAUAGACAAUAUCAUUUCCUUGACCCCACCGUCGCGGGUGAGCUUGCGCCCGUGUUCGACUUUCCCGGAGUGACGGAGUCGCAGAUCGUGCUGCAUAUAAAGUGGCCUGGUUACUCGUAUAUUCAGUACCGGACCAUCGACCUUCGAGAAGGCGGGGUGCCCAUCACCCGUCGAAAACUCGCGGAAAAGGUUGCUACAGGUUUGAUCGACUAUACUCUACAGGAGGCCACUAGUCAUGCAGGGUGGAGAGACGCACCACACCAGUGGCGAUUGGCAAUUGACUUGCUCGAUGAGCAUCAAGGACUCUUUAUCUCCUACAAGAAUUUGCGCCUGACCGGCCUGACGUAUUGCCACGACAACAUCUUCAUUCCAGACGUCUACUGUGUUACAGAUGCCGAAGGUACACCCGUGGAGAACGAGGUACCAGAGCUUCCUAUCGCCUACAGUCAGCUCGACGUUGAAAACCUCACUUUGGUCUACGCAACUUUCUAA